AUGAAGUUUGCUGAGUACCUACGGGAAUCUUCCGUUCCAGAGUGGAGAGAUAAAUAUAUCGAUUACAAGUUGGGUAAGAAAAAGCUCAAACGAUAUAAGGAACGUUUGAGGACGAGUGAUGCUAUAGCAACACAGUUUAAUCAACCUUUGAGAGAUGAGAAUUGUUAUAGUACAAUACAAGAACAGCUGGUCGUUGAGUUUAUCGAUGAUUGGAUAAUUGGAGUAGAAUUGCAGAAAUGUAGUGAGUUUUAUCAGUGGCAGUUAGAUAGCUGUGGCAGUAAAUUUAAUGUUCUACAGCAUCAAAUGCAUAUUUAUGGUACUAAAAAGGAUAAAGGGCUGAGCUACGGGGCAACUAAAGGACUUGAAGAGACGGAAGAAACGUUAGGUGCAUUGCAAGACUCUCCUGAGAGCCCGGAUAGUCCCCUGAGAGGGCGUGCAGCACCAUUGCAGGAACGGAGUAUGAUGGAUAAGUUAGUUCAUCGUUUGCAGGAGCUUGAACUGAUGCCAUCGUUGCCUGCAAAGUAUAGACGUAAUAAUAGUGAGUCCUCAAAUGGUGUACGCUAUGCACAGCAUGAAGAAACUUUUACGGUAAAGGACUUAUCCCCAAGGCAAAUCAAGCAACAGUUGGCAAAUGCAUUGCUUGAGUUUUACGUGUUUAUACAAUUUCUGAAGAAGUAUCGAGAUUUAAAUGUAACAGGGUUCCGGAAGAUAGUUAAAAAGUUUGACAAGACUUGUAAUACAAGUGAAGUCAAAAAGUUUAUGGCAUAUGCGAACGAACAGUUUGCCAUGUUUCAACACUUGGGUCAGAACUUGCGUUUGUAUGCCAAAAAUUUGCAAAAAUCUAAUUCGAUGUCCCAGCCUUCUACCAAAUUAUCUACUUCAUUGGAGAAGGAUCCGCUUACAUACUGGGAAGAGAAUGUUUCUCAAUGGUAUACAGAUGCAUUAUCAGAUUCGACUAGGGAUCGGAAGAGACAUAUGCAGAAGCUAAGAACCUUAUCCCUGCAAUACUCUUUGAACGAAGAAAUUAUUCAUAAGACCAAUAAUUCGAUAAUUUAUAUGUUUUUUGGUGGUACUUACCUUGGAAUGACAACUAUCUUAUUAGCAUAUAUGCUAUAUACUGGUAUCCAUGCUGAAAUUAACAGUUAUAUGCAUAAAAUACUAUUACCUUUAUGGGGAGGAUGGUAUUUAAUAUUUUUUAUGGCGAUUUUAUUUUGCCUAAAUUGUUUUAUCUGGUUUAGAACGAAGAUAAACUAUCGCUUUAUUAUGUUCGGUGAAAUUCAUUCUAGACAUGGAAAUAUGCUCUUCAAUAAUGACUUCUCUACAACGCAAAUACCAGGACAAUUUUAUAUGGCAAAUUUAGCUUUCUUCCUUUGUUGCACAAUUUCGUUGGUUAGCUUUUUAACGCGUAAUCUGAACCCAUGGUUCUCAAUUUGGACAGCGUUAAGUGUCAUCUUACUGUUGUGCCCGUACAAUGUUCUUCCUUAUUGGUCUAUGUUGAAGAAAACUAGGACUUGGCUGACUGUAUCGCUCAUUAGACUGAUAUUCUCCGGAGCAUAUCCGAUUCAGUUUAGAGACUUCUUUAUCGGUGAUAUCGCUUGCUCAUUGACUUACUCCAUUGCUGGUAUUGCCACUAUAAUUUGCGUAUACGUUGGAGAGCCUUAUGGCAUGUGCGGCUCUUCCCAUCUAAAGUCUAUGGGUAUUUUAUCAUGCGUUCCAAGUUACUGGAGAUUAAUGCAGUGCUUCAGAAGAUACUUUGAUUCUAACGACUGGUUUCCACAUUUGUUAAAUGCUGGAAAGUAUAUGAUGAGUAUAUUUUAUAAUAUUACUCUGUGCAUGAACAGAAUCUCACAAAACGAGCCUACUUAUCGUACAUGGUUUGUGAUUAUAGCCAUCAUUAAUUCAGCGUAUACUUCAAUUUGGGAUUUAGUAAUGGAUUGGUCGUUAUUUCAACCUCAAUCUGAGAAUAUGUUUUUAAGGGACGACCUAUAUCUGGCAGGCAAACGUAAUUGGGAAAGCCGACUGUAUUCAAAAUGGCGCAGGUUAAUUUAUUACGUUGCCAUGAUAUUUAAUGUGGCGGCUAGAUUCCAAUGGAUUAUUUAUACUUUGGCCCCUAAGGUAAUACAACAGAGUGCCAUUGCAUCUUUCGGUCUUGCAGCAGUUGAAGUUAUCCGCAGGUUUAUUUGGGUAAUUUUCCGUGUCGAAAAUGAACAUGUCGCCAAUGUUCACUUGUUCAAGAUAACAGGUGAGACCCCACUUCCAUACCCUGUUAGCUCCUCCAAUUAUGAAAAUGAAAUUGGUUUGGAAUUCCUUGGUGAAAGACUCAGUUUGAAGAGGACAAAGACUUCUUUAGAAGAUGCUAUUGGGGUGAACACUUUGGAGAGUCCUCAACCGACACAUAGACGUAUCAAAAAUGCUGCUGUUUUACGUAAGAUUUCAUUAGCACAUGCUAAAGAUUUCCAGAGACCUCCAGUUUCUAAUGACAAGGAUGACGUUGAAGAUUUUGAAGACGAUGACGAUGAAGAUGAAGAAAUUAGGCCUAGAAAUGGACCGAUCGCUGACUAA